AUGCGCCUUCUAAUACUCUUACCAUGCUUCAUUUUGCUCGUCAUCGCAGCCAUCGAAUAUCCAUUUCUAAGUCAUAUUCCCGAAUAUAAGGCAAAAUCACUCGAAGAAGAAGUCUACAAACGUCGGAUAAUUUAUCAGCAAAACGAGUUCAACAAGAAAGACGUCAUCGUCAAAACGAGUUUGCUACGUGCUCGUCAAAAGCCGUUUCAUGAGAACCCAAUCGAUUAUAUCGAAGAUGUCAUUGUUCAAGUUCGAUACGAUUCUGUUGACUUACCCAAAAAUAAUUCAUGGGAUUAUAUUGAACUUCGGAAUGGAUAUACUCAUUAUUUUCUUUUUGAGUUCAGAAGCGCAAAUUUCGCAGAGUGCGAACCGAAAUCGGUUGAUUUCAAAGGAAAAGGAAUGUAUGCAAAAACUGAUGAAAACACUUAUAUUCGAUUCGGAAAACUGAAUGUUUACCAAGAAUGUCUUUCUUCAAUUUCUACUGUUAAUCUUCCAUAUAUGACGAUCGAUAAGCGUUUGUCGAUGAUUAAUAUUACACAAACCGAAUACGAAUUAUUGGGUGAAACCGAUCGUCUUGAAACUCUUGCCGAAUUGAAUCAAGUUUAUAAUCAAUGGCUCAAAAGCAAUGGCUCAUUCAAAUCAAUCUAG